AUGCCUUCUGUUCGCACCCUAUCCAAGCUCGCCUUUGGCGGAGCUGGUGUCAUCCUUGGUGGUGGACAAACCGUGCUCGGUACCUUCAGCCAGUCGUGCCCGAAUCCUCAACUGAGCUGUCACAAUACCACCGUAGUUGAGAACCUUUGCUGCUUCAACGCUCCAGGUGGUCAACUACUAUUAACCCAGUUCUGGGAUACGGAUCCAGUGACUGGUCCAGAGGAUAGUUGGACCAUCCAUGGACUCUGGCCUGAUCGAUGCGACGGAUCCUUUGAAGCCAACUGCGACCCUUCGCGUGAAUACACCAAUAUCUCGGCCAUCAUCAAGUCUUUCGGCAAGGAUGACCUGUUAAACGACAUGGAAACGUACUGGAAAGACUACAAGGGCAACGAUGAUUCGUUCUGGUCCCACGAAUGGGGCAAGCAUGGUACCUGCAUUUCUACCAUGGAGCCGGAAUGUUACGACGAGCACAAGGCUACCGAGGAGGUUGUCGAUUUCUUCCAGAAGACCGUCGACUUGUUCAAGGAGUUGCCCUCGUAUAAGUGGCUCGAAGAGGCCGGUAUCACACCCUCGGACUCUGAGACAUAUACCACCGACGCCAUUCAGGCUGCAUUGUCUGCCAAACGUCCCGGCGUCGAAGUUACCUUGGGCUGCAAGUCUGGCCGUCUGAACGAGAUCUGGUAUCACUACGAUGUCCGCGGUCCCGUUCAGACAGGAGAGUUCGUCCCAGCCAACCCUGACGGCCCCAAGUCAUCGUGCCCCAAAUCCGGUAUCAAAUACCUCCCCAAGAACGGCGGUGGUUCGCAACCCAAGCCCACCGGCACGAAGCCUACCACCGGUGUUCCCACGAGCACCAGCGCACCCGGCACUCCGUUCAGCGGAAGAGGCACCCUCAAUGUCCAAGUCGACGGCUCCAAGAAGGGCUGCAUCAUCUCGGCAGGCACGUGGUACACCUCCGGCACCUGCGCAACCUUCACCGCGACCUCUAGCGACUCCGGCUUCACGCUCAGUUCCUCCAAGGGCCCUUGCGGCGUUGUGGGCGGCGCUCUCACCUGCGCGAGCAAAGUUCCGGCUACGACGUUCACGGCUGUCGAUGGCAAGCUGGCGGCCGGUGGCAACGCGGCUUGGAGCUCGAAUAAGGUCGCUUCUGGUACCACCCAGCAGAAGGUCUAUGCGGGUGCCGACCACGAUACGGGUUUCGAGAUCGUCUGGGGCUAG